UAAUUUCAGAAAAGUUUCAAGUUUUAGUCCUACCACACUUCAGUACCACACGAGGGUCUAAGAACACCCGGGAAAGGGUAAAGAAGAAGAGGUAAUUGAGAAACCUCAGCCCUAUUGUGCCCGGAAACUAACAAAAAAAGGUUGCGAAUAUCUUUUCAGUCGGUGAAAUUUCGCCCUUUUCUCGCACGUCAGACAUCCCUUUCUUGUCCCUUUUCUCAUCUCUUCUCUCGUCUUUCUCCUCUGAGAAUUCAAGAACCAGAAGGUUCUCCUUCUUUGUUUUCUUUCUCGGAAUUUCUCUGAGUUCUUCUCAUCAAAAUAUUAUCUCCUUGUUAAUAUUUCGAACAUGGGCUUGUGGGAUUCUUUACUCAACUGGCUAAGAAGCUUAUUCUUCAAACAGGAGAUGGAACUCUCUCUCGUGGGGCUACAAAAUGCGGGGAAGACUUCACUUGUUAAUGCCAUUGCUACAGGAGGUUAUAGCGAGGAUAUGAUUCCAACGGUUGGAUUUAAUAUGCGCAAGGUUACAAAAGGAAAUGUGACCAUAAAACUCUGGGAUUUGGGAGGGCAACGAAGAUUUCGUUCCAUGUGGGAGCGUUAUUGUCGUGGUGUCUCAGCUAUACUAUAUGUUGUUGAUGCUGCUGAUCGAGACAGCAUACCUAUCUCUCGAAGUGAAUUACAUGAUCUCUUGAAGAAACCUUCAUUGGCUGGAAUUCCUUUGCUUGUCCUCGGCAACAAAAUUGAUAAGUCAGAAGCUCUUUCACAGCAAGCACUGGUUGAUCAGCUGGAACUAAAUUCAGUCACAGACAGGGAAGUAUGCUGCUAUAUGAUAUCUUGCAAGGAGUCAGUUAACAUAGAUGCCGUCAUUAAUUGGCUUAUUAAACACUCAAAAUCAGCAAAGUGACCAUCAAACUGUGAAAUACUUGAUUCAGUGUAUUGUAUCCGGUAUUGUAGAAAAAUCGGUGGUCAAUCUGUAAUGGUGGGAUAUGCUUGCAUGCUUUUUGUUGCUGCUCCCACCGGCAAGUUAUCUAUGUCGGAUGUUGAUAUUUGAGUUUAUCAGCUGCUUUUUAAUCCCUCCAUUACCAUGUGGAUACAUUGCAACUUAUUAGGCUAUAAUAGCAUGUCAAAUCAUUUAGUUUUUUUCUACA